AUGAAUUAUUCUGCUUACGGCGAGCGUGGGGUUCCUAGGUUUCCCGUUGCCAUUUACUACUACUACUACUACUACUACUACUACUACUACUACUACUACUACUACUACUACUACUACUACUACUACUACUACUACUACUACUACUACUACUACUACUACUACUACUACUACUACUGUCAGAUCGGCAGCAUAUUCCAGACGGAGACAUGGAGCGGUUCCCGAGGUUAG